GAGGAAAUUACUUCCAGGACUAGCGUUGCAAGAAGCUUCAAGUCAGGACCAAGGAAGACUUUUUUUGCGCUGGAGGAUUUGCUUGGGAUCUGUUUGGACUUGCACCCAGGAAUCAAGAAGGGAUGUGAUGACUGACAGACAGCGUAUAUGAGGCCGCAGGAUUCCCAACACUGAAAGAACAGGAUUUAUCAUAGUUUGAUGUGCAAAAGGCAGAAUGGCAACUACUGCUGGACGCUUUUACUUUCGUAGAUAACAACAGCAGAUGAAGGAGAGGCCCCAUUUGGCUGAAUAUGUCCAACAAAAUAAGAAGAUUAUCGCGCAUGCUCUUGGAAUGUCAGAGCAAUGACAAACUUUGUGUCAUACGAGAAAAUCAGGCUGAACUAAUAGUCAUCCCAGUCCUCUUGGUAGGUGUAUUUGUCAUUGUCUUAAGCGUCAUCCUUUGGCUCCAUUACCGGAACUGGAGGAUAAAGCAGCAGCAGGCCGUUGCAGAGUCUGAAGAGAAAGUUGUGGUCCCAGUAUCAGAAGAUGGGAAAAGCCAAGGGAAAGCCAAUGUCUCAGACUAUACCUCCAUCCAGCUAAGUGAGAUGACCACAGAUUGCUUGCUAAGAACAGCAGCCUUAACCUUGAAGGAACUGGAGAUACCACGAGAGAAAAUCUCUCCAGAGUCACUGGAGUUCAUUAAGAAUGGCAGCUUUGGGAGAAUCUACAGAGCAGAACUGGCUGCCACCAAUCCUGGGAAAACUCAGCUGGUCAUUUUGAAAGCCUUACAGGAACCUGCCACUUCUCAUGAGAUGAAAGACUUCCUGGAAAGGAUUAAAUUCCAUCAGUUCCUCGGUCCUCAUGAAAAUAUAGUCAAGUUAUUAGGGUGUUCUGUAACCCAGAUGCCUCCUUACAUCAUAUUGGAGAAUGCUUCCAAUGGGAAUCUGCUCAACUUCCUUUGGACCUGCCGCAGGGAUGUCAUGACUAUGGAUGGUUUGCCUUUCGACAUUACAGAAAGGCAGGUGUAUAAAAUUGGACAACAAAUUGCAUCAGCUCUUGAUUUUCUCCAGCAAAAGAAGCUGUUCCAUGGUGACGUGGCAGCCAGAAACAUCCUGAUUGGACAUGACUUCACCGCCAAGCUCUGCAGGCUGGGUCUGGCCUACAGAAACCACACCUGCGGGCCCAGCACUGUGACCCACACAGUUCCGCUCAAGUGGCAGGCCCCAGAGCGACUCCUGAAGAAGCCGCCCAGCAUCAAAUCAGACAUAUGGUCCUUUGGAAUCUUGCUGUAUGAGAUGAUCACAUUAGGAGCACCACCAUUUCCAGAAGUUCCCCCAUCUGAUAUCUUGCAGCACCUUGACAGGAGGCACAUCAUGAACAGGCCUUCCAGUUGUCAGCCAGCCAUGUAUAGCAUUAUGAAGUCCUGCUGGUGCUGGACUCCAACAGACCGCUUGUCUCCCAUAGAGUUAAUCUGGCAGUUACAAGCAGCCAUGAAGACUAGCAACGAUCAGGCAGUACUGCAAGUUCCUGAGUUGGUGGUGCCAGAACUGUAUGCAGAUGUUGCUGGUAUCGACUUGGGAGAUCUUACCAUUGACUACACAGUGUUCUGAAAGAUGGCCUACGACAGGACAGGACAAACUUCGGAAAUACAGGGAUUUGGGACCUUGAAAAUGUAGGUCUCUGAACUGAUCUGUGCUUCUUGAUCUAGCCCUCCCCAUUGAAAUGAGGGCAUCUCCUCCUGCUCCAACAUGAGAAGGACCUAAAGGAGGAGUUGAAUCAUUUUGCUUUGCCAGUAAAAAUGAAGGGAAGAACUAUGCUGGAUUACAGGAGUCCUCUCUAGUCACUAUUCAGGAGAACAAUAUGAUUACAGCUGAUUCUAGCCAUGUUUUCUUGUAAGUCAGCCUCCCUGUGUUCCAUGGGAAUCUUCCUAGCAAGCAUGCAUAAAGGGCAACCUUCGAAAAGAAAUGCUACUUCCCCUUUGUCAUUCCCUUGUCCUCCUCCUGUUGCCUCCCUGCUGUCAACAUUUAGAUUGUAAGCUCCUCUGGACAGAGACCUGCCUUGAACCAUGUGAUUAGCACUACAUUGUUAAUAAUCAUCCCUAGAUCUUCCCAGAAUAGAAUAAAACUGUCGCCAAAAAUAGAAAUAAUGGAAUUCCGUCCUGGAAACUGCCUCUCUGCUGCACUCAGAAAGAAAAUAAGGUUAGUAGGGAGAUCAAAACUAGUAAUUAUUAAUGUAUUUAACUUUACUGUAGAAAGAAUCUGAGACAUGUUUUAUGGUGUAUUUAAAUUCAGCGGCAUGUACUCAGCCAUUCCACUUACCAAGUUUGAAGCCUUCCACCAGCCUGAGGAGCUUUCUUUGAACUUAAAUGGCUCUUCCACCAGGUGGAAGGAAGUUGGAGGAAGGUGGAGUGGAAGGGAGGCUACAUGCCAGAUUCAUUAAAUUAUACAGGAUGGCAUAGCUCUCAGCUGACAUGACGGGCUGUUUCCACACUACUCACCUUCAUCCAGAACACUGCUGAACAUCUC